GGCGGAAGAAAACAAAAGAAAAAAGAAAAAAAAAAAAACACGUCAGCUAAGUUAAGGAUACCUGUCUCGCCAAGAUCUCUAUCGGCGACGCGCGACGAGCUCUCCGCCGAAGCAUACCUGUCUCGCCAAGAUCUCUCUCCGCCGAAGCUUGCCGCCUCCCUCUAUCGCCGACGCGCGACGAGCUCUCCGCCGAAGCAAACCUCUCUCGCCGCGAUCUAGGGUUUUUUGCUGGCUUCUCUUCCCUCUCUCGCCGGCGGCGCAUUCCUCCCUCUCCUGCGGUGUCUUGCGAUCUAGGGUUUUUUCCUGGCUUCUCUUCCCUCUCUCGCCGACGGCGCACUCCCUCUCCUCCGAAGCUUUCAAGGUGCCGCGAUCAAGGGUUUUUUGCUGACUUCUCCUCCCUCUCCUCCGAAGCAAACGAGGUUUUUUCUUUGAUGUAGAAAUAAAAUCAUUUAUUUCCUAGAGCAGCAAUCAUUCCAUUCUUCACAGAUUAAUUAAUUUUUUGAGAUAAUUUCAUCGUCAAUUGUUAUUUUAGUAAUAUGCUUCAAUUUGCAAUAGUUGCAUUAAUUAUUGUUUUAGUAAUAUAUUUUGUGUAUUUCUAUCUGAUAGUCUGCAUGAAAUAGUCUCCACACUGAUUUCAAAAGAUUUGUGUACAUUUACUUGCUUGAUUCUUAAAGACCUAUUGACCAUUAACAAAAUUAGCAAAUAGAAUAGAAGUUAAAGCUGAUGAACAUUCUAGGUACUCUAAGUGCAUGUUUCCUACUAGACAUUAAGAACGGAUCUAAUAGCUAUAUAUAUAUAUAUAUAUAUAUAUAUACAGAUUUGAUAUGCUGAGCGAUGCUUUGUGCGCGACCGUGAGCGACGCGCAGACGUGGCGUUGCCAGCUCGGUUUCUCUAUAAAUAAAAUAUUCCUACUAUUCUCUCUCUCCGGUGGGCCUCUGUUCACUCGCCCAGCAUAUCAAAUUUGUAUAUAUAUAUAUAUAUAUAAGAUACAUCUUUUGAUAAAUUAUUGUUUAUUUUUAGGUACACAUACUGUUAUUAUUUGAUGAUUCAUUUUCAAAAGUUAAAGGAUUCAUUUGAUAAACAACACAACCCCAAUUCUCGGUUGGUUUAGAUCCCUCGUUCCUCGACCCUUCUUCGUGAUCUCGACCCUUUGCAUCGCCGUCGCCGUCGCCGUCGCCGUAGGAGGUAGCACACGGCGCCGCCUACCGGUUUUUCUCCCCUCUUCCUGCUUUCUGCGGAUGGUGACGGUUCCUCCCCUUCUUAGUCUUUGCUGACGGCUGACCGGACACAACGUCGACUCUCGGCUUCUCUCCACUAUUUUCUCAACUCUAGCUCGUAGAACCAUUCUUUUAAUGCUCUAAGCAUGAGCCUAGCGGUAGAAUCUCCAUUGCAAUCUUCAAGUAGCGGAGAAGACUUUGCCGCUUUUCUUGAUUCAGAAUUGGAUUUAGCUUCCUCCAAGAGUUCUCCUAAUGAAGAGAAUGUGAAGAAUGACGAGGAAAUUGAUUUGCAAGAGCGAAGGAGUAAAAGACAAAAAUUGGAGGGGUUUGACACUUUAGAAGAUCUUGAAACUGAAACAUUGGUCGAGCCAAUUGAAGAACAUAUUGGAACAUCUACGGCUGGAAAGUAUGUAAUCUGCCCUCCACAUCCUGGAUUCUUCAAAGGAUUAUGCAUCAGAUGUGGACAGAUAGAAGAAGAUGGAUCAGGUGUUGCAUUUGGUUAUAUCCAUAAGUAUUUAAAGCUAGGCAACGUGGAAAUUGAGAGGCUUCGUGGUGCAGAUCUAAAGAAUUUGUUGCAUAAGAAAAAAUUGAUAUUGAUCUUAGAUUUGGACCAUACUUUACUCAACUCUACAUGCUUUGCUGAUAUCACUUCUGAUGAAGAAUAUUUAUUUAGACAGAUCGAUGGCAUGAAAGAUGAUCCUGACAGAAGCUUAUUCAGAUUGGAUACUAUGCAUAUGUUGACAAAGUUGAGGCCCUUUGUUCAUAAUUUUCUGAAAGAAGCAAGUUCUUUCUGUGAGAUGUACAUUUAUACUAUGGCAGAGCGUUCUUAUGCUAUGGAAAUAGCCAAGCUUCUUGACCCUGAUAAAGUGUACUUUGAGUCAAAGGUUAUCACUCAAUCUGAUUGCACCCAGAGACAUCAAAAAGGCCUGGAUGUGAUACUUGGUGCUGAAAGUCUUGUGGUGAUUCUUGAUGACACAGAAGCUGUCUGGCAUAGGCACAAAGACAAUCUAAUUCAGAUGGAGAGAUACCACUUCUUUGCUUCUAGUUGUCGUCAAUUUGGUUUUAAUGCUAAGUCAUUGUCUCAACUGAUGAAGGAUGAAAGAGAAUCUGAUGGUGCGCUUGCUACUGUUCUCAAGAUUCUUAAGCGGACUCACCAGAUGUUUUUCGAUCCAGACAUUGCUUCUGAUGUGUCAACAAGAGAUGUAAGGCCGUUGCUUAAAGGUAUACGGCGAGAAAUAUUACAAGGGUGCAGAAUAGUUUUUAGUCAAGUAUUUCCAUCAAAGUCGCCGGCCCAGGAUCAUCCAAUCUGGAAGAUGGCGGAAAGAUUAGGAGCUACAUGCUAUACGGAAGUGGACCCAUCGGUGACGCACGUCAUCUCGACAGAUACAGGUACCCAAAAGGCACAUUGGGCAGCUCAAAAAAAGAAGUUCUUGGUUAGUCCACACUGGAUCGAAGCAUCAAACUUCCUGUGGCAACGUCAGAAGGAAGAAGAUUUCCCGAUUAGCAAUCCACGAAGCCGCAACAGUUGAUUUCACCGCGAAAGCUUCAGACACUGUUUGAUGAAGGAUCUGUUCUGUUGGUCUGCUUGAAUCAGUUUUACCCAUCUAUAUUUGUUGUGGAUACUUCAACUAACUACUACAAGCUAAUACACCAUCUCAUUUUAUGAGCAUUUCAAGUUGCCAAACCAUUUAUAUCAAUGGUAGUACAUUGAGCUGUUUUAUCUCUGUUCAUUUAGUAUUAUAUUAGUGGUCGCAUGGUACUUGUAAAAUUUGCUGUUCAGUCAGCAACAAAUUUAAACCUCGGAAGAAAUAUAUAUAUUUUUCUCAUAA